AUGAUUUCGCGGGCGCAAAUCGCAAUAACUGACAAGACGAAGAUCGAAUAUGAUCAAUCUCGCGGUUAUUGCUGCGCAUCGUUGGCACAGGUAUUCCGCUCCUUCGAUGCUUUAUAACAAAGAAGUCCUCCGGCGUUUAUCGGAUGAAUAUACCCGUACGUGCGUACACGUACGUGUAUUUUGCAAUAUAAACUGCUUACCACACAGUUGCGCGGAGAGAAUAUAUCGAAGAAGUUGCAAAGCGACCGCUCCAGCUUUACCUGGGGCGGCCAAGAGAAUAUUGGGAAACCAAUUGUUUCUUUAUCCGGUCGAAUAUCCUUAUUGAUUCGAUACGCCUUCCGAUGAAUUAUUCGUUCAAAGAAGAAACGUCGGGUAUACUCUCCAUCGAAUAUAUACUUGGUCUAUAUUUUAUUUAGACACAUCGCCCUCGAGAUGAAGCCCGAGCCGUUCGACGAUUGAUCAUCGUUCGGCUGUCUCUCGUUUCUCGAAAUAGGUUCUCUGUAUCAAUUUGUCAUCACAAAACUACGCGAAGCAAGAAACAGAAGACCUGUAUAAUCGUGAUAUUCUCCACCUCGUUGCGCGAAUCGAUAUCGAAAGCUUUCCGUAAACAGUUAAUCACGCCGGACCAUCACGAAGCAAAGUGGUGGCUCUACUUUGCAGCGGAAUGCGGAGUUAUGCCUGCGUUGGACCAAGAGUUGUUGAACAAGAGCGAUGUCUCCCGCGGGACGUAUAAAACGCUCCUCCACUCUCGCCCGGAAUCGAUAUAUCUGAGCCUGGGUAAAUUCCCUCGGCAAACCGACGACAUCCCUGAAAUUCUGGCUAAUACAAUUUCACAGAAAUUAACGCCCGGCAAUCUCGGCCCGGGUGUUCCAUUAGCGUCUUGCCAAAAGCCUUCUCAAUUUUCCGCGUGCCCGAACGUCGAUCCUUCUAAACGGAACACGCCGCCCGAUCCAUGUUGCAGGACGGGGAGUGGUGUUGGACAGUCAGGGCCCGGUGUUGAUCUCCGAGCCACGCUCGUCGGUCGAAUUCUCGAACGAGACCGGGGCUAUGAUCCAUUGUUCGGCCCAGGGCAGCCCGUUGCCGAGGAUCGAUUGGCUCAUGGGAGACGAGUCGCCGGUUCUCCCUAUACCGCACAUCCGUGA